AGCUGCGGCGGCGGCGGCGGGGCGCUCUGCGGCUCUGCGGACACGGCGGACCCGGUCAGCCAGGGCUCCGCGAGCAGCGGAGCGGGGCCUCCCAGCGCGCACCCAGGAACGUGAAGAAAAGGCAAUGUCUGCCAAUUUAAAGUACCUUUCUUUGGGAAUCCUAGUCUUUCAGACUACCAGCUUGGUUCUUACUAUGCGUUAUUCGAGGACUUUGAAAGAAGAUGGGCCUCGGUAUUUGUCAUCUACUGCUGUAGUCAUUGCUGAACUUUUGAAGAUCAUUGCCUGCAUUUUAUUAGUCUACAAAGACAGCAAAUGCAGUCUUCGAACAUUGAAUAGAGUAUUACAUGAUGAAAUUCUAAACAAACCUAUGGAAACUCUUAAACUUGCUAUUCCAUCAGGAAUAUAUACUCUUCAGAAUAAUUUAUUGUAUGUAGCAUUAUCAAACCUAGAUGCAGCUACUUAUCAGGUUACUUAUCAGUUAAAAAUUCUUACCACAGCCCUGUUUUCUGUGUCCAUGCUUAGUAAAAAAUUAGGUUUGUACCAGUGGCUAUCUCUAGUGAUUUUAAUGGCAGGUGUCACUUUUGUACAGUGGCCCUCAGAUUCUCAAGAAUCGACUUCUAAGGAACUCUCAGCAGGCUCUCAAUUUGUAGGUCUGAUGGCAGUUCUUAUAGCAUGUUUUUCAAGUGGCUUUGCAGGUGUUUAUUUUGAGAAAAUUUUAAAAGAAACUAAACAAUCUGUGUGGAUUAGAAAUAUUCAACUUGGUUCUUUUGGGAGCAUAUUCGGAUUAAUGGGUGUUUACAUUUAUGAUGGAGAAUUAGUAUCAAAGAACGGAUUUUUUCAGGGAUAUAACAAACUGACCUGGAUAGUUGUUGUUCUUCAGGCACUUGGAGGCCUUGUCAUAGCUGCUGUUAUUAAGUAUGCGGAUAAUAUUUUAAAAGGAUUUGCAACAUCUUUGUCUAUAAUAUUAUCAACACUAAUCUCCUAUUUUUGGCUGCAAGAUUUCGUUCCAACCAGUGUCUUUUUCCUUGGAGCCAUCCUUGUAAUAGCAGCUACUUUCCUAUAUGGCUAUGAUCCCAAACCUGCAGGAAAUCCUACGAAGGCCUAAUUAUUUUUUGAAACUUGUUUCUCAGGAUUGUUCAAGUAUUAAGAUUCUCAAACAUCAUUCACACUCGGGGGAUGUCAACAUAAAUUCUGUGAGAGAUCAUCAGACUGAGUCUGGUCAUGAUUGUUUAAAUGAUUCAAAGUCACAAAGGUUUAGAAAUUGUAAGAAGGUUGUAACAGGUGGAAGUGAAAUAUCUAGUGCAUCCAUCCACAAGUAAAAACUUGAAAGAAAAAAUAGCUUUCCAGUGACUAGUAUCAGGAAUGUUUACAACUUGAACUCUGAAGUUAAUGAAAAAGGUUUUUACAAUAUUGAUUGCUGCAGAAAUGUCCUAUGCACUCUUUGCAAGAGCACAUGACAACAUUUGUCAGAUAUAAAUUUUUGCAAAUCAAAUCUAUUUAAUCUUAGUAAAUGUUUUUAAUUUGCUAUUUCUGUAUAGAUAGAUUACACUGAAUAUAAUUCAUUAUUCUGUAAUUAAGAUUAUAAUUAGCUAUUUCUUAUUAAAGCUGUGAAGAAAUUGAAGUAUGAUUUGAAAAAAGUUUUCACAUAUCCAAGAUUUUUAUAUUUAUAAAGAAAUUACUAAAAAUUUGAAUUCUGUUAUUUGUUAAACUCUAUAAAAUUGAUAAUAUGGGUCUGAUUUAAUAUCUGAAGGGGAAAAUUUAUAUGUAAGUUCUCUGUGUAAUGAUAUAUAUAACCAAAUACAAGCUACAGGUGAAGUUUGGAUCUUGGUUUCUUUUUAAUUUUUUUCUUAUAAAUUAGCUCUUUUAAUGUUAUUUUAAAUUUUAUCUGUGUGUGAUUCAGUUUCCUUUAAAGUUUUAAAUGUAACUUAAGAUGAAGUCAAUGCUUAAACUAUGUAAUGGUUUGUAAAAAUAUAUAAUUGUUCAUGUCCACUCUAUUUGGAGUCAUUAUGGACUAUCAUGUAUAUAUUAUAUAUUAUUAUACUCAGUAUAAUCUCAAUCUAUUUGAGCUUCUUUAAGGCUGUAACAGUAAAGAUAUUUUUAGUUUGAAUAUCAGUAAGUUGGCAUCAAAAUGAUUUCUAGAACCAUUUUAGAUAGCCAUUAUAUUGUUUAAAAUAAUAUAGUAAGUUUAAAUUCAGGGUUCCCAAACAAAAUUUUUUAAGCUCACCACCUUAAAAAGUGCCCUUCCUGUGUACUUAGUUGAAGGGAUAUUACCUUUAUAAGACUCUAAGCACUGCAUGGGGCUGCUUGGACAAAAGCUCUUAUUCAUUUCUUUGUAUGUAUAAUACAUGAAUGUGUGUUUGUAUAUAGGUAUACAUGUAUACAAACAC